UAAACUGGAAAUACUGGGGAGUCUCUCUUGGGUGUUAGUGGAAGUAGUAUAACGUUUGACGUUCCGCAACGUGGAAUCGUUGGCUGACCACCUGCAUGAGUGAGGAGUUUAUCUCUUCACAUUGCGUUAGAUUUCUCGAAAGCUGGUAAGCUUUUGCGAAAUGGCAGACUAUAACAAAUGGCAACACUGAACAGUUUAGCAUAAUUGUAGCCUGUGUCUAUUCUGUCUAGUGUUCAUACGGCUAACGCUAGUUUUACCGGUUAGAUAGAGAGACGCCUGAGUAGCGCCGACGAGUAUCAUUUGCUAUCCUGAUGACUGUAUUGUAAGAGUACCGGGCAGCAGGGUUUUCCAGACAAGUGCUGCAGGCGAUGGUAGCAUGAAGGCUUUGCAAGGCAGGUAACUUGAUUCCUAAAACAAGUCAUUCGGUUAUCAGAAUCAUGUUUAUUGGCCAUUUAUUUGCACAUAUACAUGGGAUUUGACUCCGGUUUCGUGGCUUGUCAGUGUACUUAACAUAGAAUAACAACACUACAACACGAUCUUCAGAUAUACACACAAGGCUUGGCUGUGUGCAGGCGAAAUAAGAGGUGAUAAAGUGCAAUUAUCCAAUGUUAUCUUAACCGCGGAGGCUUAACUGUCGUUGCUUUUUAUUUCCUCACGUGAAUAAUGUUGGCUGAUCAAUUUGUCCAAGUUAACACUUAACAGACAUUUAGGGGGGACAGUCAUGUAGAUUGUCCAAGAACUGUCGUUUUUUAAAUAGACUCAACAGUACAGCUGUAGCCUAAGUUAGGACCGUUUUGUUGACGCCAGAUUCGAUAUUCAAGGCAAAAACAAACACAAUAAAACGCAAGCUUUGCUUUCACAACCCCAACAGACACCCCUCAGACGCUGUGACAAGCGCAUACAUUAGUGACAUCAAGCCAGCAACAUGUCCAUGUUCAGUACGGGCAUCCUUGUACUCACUUCACCCCUGCACACCCUCCCUCUGCGAAUUGCCCCGGUCCUCAGCUCAGCUGCCCAGGUAGUGAACCAGACUCUGUACGUCCACCUCCACCCUGAUCUUAACCUCGGAAGUGGGAGCCAGCCUCGGCCUGUUUUCAUCUCUCCGGUGGUGGACUUGUCCAGCUUCAUCACCCGCCUUUACAGCAAUGCGGCGGACGUGUGUGGGCAUCUGGAUGUGCGUGUGCUACUGACUAAUAUCCGUCCCCAGCCAGGUGCCACCAGCCCAGGGGGCACAAACCCAAGCUGCCCCUUUCCCUCACCGCAGCUCCUCUCCCAUUUUCCGGAGGUGGUGCUAACAGACUUUCCUCUGCAGGACCAAGGCCAGUACCCUCUUGUUAGCAAGUGCCUGCAACGUUAUGCCGGCCACUGCUACGUCUGUAGCCCUGGCCUGGCUUCAGUGCUUCUCCACCCACAACUGGAGAAACUACAGGAGGAGGAGGGGGUUGAACAGGCGAAAGAGGGGCAACUGAAGAAUUGUCAUGAUAAGAUGGAACCCUUGGAGACCUACAAUGAUGUUGUGGUAGGGGGGACAUUUGACCGACUCCAUGGUGCCCACAAGACGCUGCUCAACAUUUCGUGCCUGCUCGCUAACAGAAGAUUCCUUAUUGGUGUCUGUGACCAAGCAAUGCUGAAAAAGAAGGUCCUCAAAGAGCUGAUUGAGCCCUAUUCUGUGCGGGUCCUGAGACUCAGGGAGUUCCUACAGGACAUCAAACCCUCACUGGAGGUGGAGAUUGUUCCCCUUGAUGACCCAUUUGGGACCUCUGUGGUUGAUUCUGAGCUGCAGUGCAUUGUGGUCAGUGAAGAGACCAGGAAGGGAGGCGAAGCUGUAAACAGAAGACGUAUUGACAAUGGUCUUCCAAGUCUGGUCCUCCACGAGAUCCAGCUGUUGAAAGAUGCCCACCACACAGAGACAGAGGAGGAGAAGAUCAGUUCCUCUAGCCUGCGCUCACGUCUCUUGGGCACCCUCCUCACCACCCCUAAAAACAUGUCCCAUCUUCCUCCACUCCCAUAUGUGAUUGGCCUGACGGGAGGAAGUGGCAGUGGGAAGAGCUCAAUCGCCAGGCGGCUGGAGGCUCUGGGUGCAGCCCGCAUUGACAGUGACCAGCUGGGCCACGAGACAUACCGGCCAGGUGCUGCAGCCUACCAGCACGUACUGGAGGAAUUCGGCUCAGAUAUUCUGAAUGAAGAUAAAACUAUCAACAGACGUGCGCUAGGAAAAAAGGUUUUUGGAAAUAAGGAACGAUUAAAAGCCCUAACUGACAUUGUGUGGCCAGAGAUUGCACUUCUGGUCAACGAGAGAAUCCAGCAAGCCAGAAAGGAAGGUAAGCAGGUGUGUGUGGUGGAUGCAGCGGUUCUCCUGGAGGCUGGCUGGGAGAACAUGGUGCAUGAAAUCUGGGUCACAAUCAUCCCAGAGGAAGAGGCAGUACUGAGGAUAACACAGCGGGACAGUGUGACCACGGAGGACGCCCUGCGCAGGCUGCAGAGUCAGUGGUCCAACACCAAGCUGGUGGAGCACGCCAAUGUGGUACUCAGCACAUUAUGGGAGCCAGAGUUCACUCAGAAACAGGUACUAAAGGCUUGGAAUCUUCUCCAAAAGAGAAUCCCACAGACAAAGGAAGCCAGCUUGCCAUCCUGAAUGCAGAAAGAGCACGCCACGCUUGCCUGGCUCCCUCAAGUUUCACAUGCAAUCUCAACAGUGAACUAAACAAACCAAGCACAACCAUGUCAGGGCCUUUGACAUGUGGCAGAAAAAUCUCACUGAAACACCCUGGGACAAUGUGCCUAAUGGUCACUGUGCCAUAACAGCAAAUACAAGGAGGCCCUCAUUCCUUUGUCAAAGAUGAUAUUCAAAUUUCAACAUUUUUUUUUUAAUUUGUUUUUUUGUUUGAUUCAAAUGUUGGAAGAGGAGCACUGCAAAAUUUCUCCUUGCGCACUGAAGAAAUUGGUGUUUUUGCUGUUUGAAGAACUUCUUUUUAAAUAAUUUCACCCCCCCCGAAAACAUCCUGCAGUCAUGUGGAUGCUAGUAUGUUAAAACUGAUUGCACAGCAUCCAGCAGUCCCCCAAGAUCCUCUUAAAAAAAAAAUUGUUUAAAUCCCAGUGUUGCUAACAAAAGGUUGGACUGUGUCAACACUACAAGGUUUUCCUUAGUCAAACAGCCGUAUGUUAUGUAGGAAAUUAACUAGUGGCUGGGCGAUGAGUUAAAUAUUUAACAAGACUGUCUCUACUGUGCAAUUAAAGCAUAUUUCAUUCAUCCAUUGUCCAAACUGCUUAUCCUUACUCAGAGUCACAGGAAUGCUAGAGCCUAUCCCAGCAGUCAUUGGGUGGCAGGGGGGCGACACCCUGGGCAGGCCGCCAGACCAUCA